AUGGGGCGCCCAAAGUCCAAAUCCGGCACCAAGUCCGUAGAGGAGUCCGUCACGGUCGCUACCGACGCAACGCCGUCGCCACCGACGACGCGCAAAAAGGCUGCUGCCGAAGCAGCGUCCGCGACGGACGUGUCGCCCAAGUCGACGCGGAAGGGUGGCCGGUCCAAGAACAAACCUCGCGCCAGCCAUGACGACGGCAAUGACAGCGCCGAGGACAAAGAACUGGGUACUAUUGUUGUCGAGGGGGCUGAAAAGGCACGUGGCAAGGCGGCGACUGCGGCCCGCUCGCCCAAGAAAGCCGCUGCUUCGACCAAGAAGGAGCGCGACAAGAGUCUGCGCAAGGCCAGGAAGGUCGUCGACGAGGUGGCCGACGCCUUCAACGCUUCGCCACAUUGGCCACUGCCCGGUGUUCUGUCGCAGGCCGUGCAAGACAAAGGCCGGGCAUUGCGGGGCAUUGUAUUCAUAGCCGUCUCAUCGUCGCUUCUGGCAUCCGGUGGGCGCCUCGCGCUGCGCUGGCUCGCGACAGCAUGGUCGCAGACGUGGAUUUCGGAAGCGUCGUACUUUAGCACGGCCGGCCCAACCCAUAUCCAGCCCUUUGCUGCCUCUGUCGCUGCUCGCAUUUUGAGAUUAGCCGCUUCCUGGGGAUCUGCGGGCAACCUAUCUGCCUUGCAGGCUCUUUCCAGUGCACCGAUUAUCUACUUGCUCAACUCCUACUACAACGUACCCUUUGUGUCAGCAUUUCUUGCAGAGGCUGUGAACAUCGGCGCCGAAACAAUCAUGCUCGAAGUUUACGAAGGCUUCGCGGGAUCUAACGAGCUAGAGGAAGAAGACUUCGGCGAAGUUCUCGCGGAUAUGUUCCGCGACGUCACCGCUUUUACGGCCCCAUAUGCCUUUGCCGCAGUGAUCUAUGGCUUUGUCCUAGUCCAGGCAUGUCGCUUCUUCCUACCGGCAACACUGGUAAUACACUUUCUGGGGAUCGCCACCGUUGAGCCUGCCCGUGUGCCAACUCUCCUAUCGAUAUCCCCUCCACCUUCGUUGUACCAGGUGUUCUCAGCUGUCUUUUUGAGCCUCUCCGCGGUGGUGGUCAACACUGUAUCGGGCUUCUUUUCGCGCAACUUUAUUUUUAACGUUGCCAGCAGCGGCCCCAACCACAGUGCUGCCAGCUACCGACGGACUGUCGCCCUGCGUGCCGUCGCUACCUCGAUCUCUGUCGGUGCCAACAUCUUUGUGCAAUGCCUCCAUGGUAUCCCGGGAGUUGAUGCUGUUGGUGCUGCCGCUUUUGCUUCCAUCUGGGCUGUGGCACCUCUAUUUGUUGCUGUCGGUCUCGGCUAUACUGGCCUUUGA